AUGGAUAAGCAUUUCCUGCUUCUACUACUGAGCCUCUCUUUACUGCUGGGUGUCCUUCAAGGUGAGCUGCUGGGGGAAUUUGGUUUAGAUGAGCAGACCCACAUAGCUCUAGUUUGUUACAAGUGUGAUAAUAUCAAUGCUGAUGGGAGUUGUGCAACUAACCAAAGCACCUGUGAAGCUCGAACUCGAGAGGCCUGCAAGCUGUACACGGCCUAUGAAGGUAACCGUUUCGUUUAUGGAUACCAACGCUGUCAGUAUCAGUGCCGCCAUCAGGACUGGACUGUACAAACACUACACCUGGUCACUACGUGCUGUAACGAGAAUUUUUGUAACAGAUUUGUAAACCUUUCUCCCCCACCAAGUAUAGCAUAA